AUGGCGCGGACCAUGAGACCCGACGACAUCAACCCCCGGACGGGGCUGGUGGUGGCUCUGGUCAGCGUCUUCCUGGUGUUCGGCUUCAUGUUCACCGUGUCCGGCAUCAAGGGAGAGACCCUGGGGGACAUCCCGCUGCUGGCCAUCGGGCCGGCUAUCUGCCUGCCGGGCAUCGCUGCCAUUGCCCUCACCAGAAAGACCGACGGCUGCACCAAAUGGCCCAAGAACAAGUGUCCGUGCUGCAAGCAAGUCAAGGACCGGGAUGUCAUGGAGCUGCUGAGGACCCCCUCAGACUUGGAGUCUGGCAAGGGGAGUUGCGAUGAGCUGGCCAAGAAAGCAUACCAAAAGGACAGGAGAAUGCUGCCAGGUGAGGACUCCGUGUCCAUCUGCACCACCACCACCACCACCACCACGGGAGAAUGCAAGAGCCUCAUCAGAAAGGUGGAGCAGGAGGAGAUGCUGAGGUACCUGGAGACUUGUUACCCAGAGAUGCCGGGGAAUGUGUUCGUGGGAGAUGGUUCCAUAUACAGUGCCUUGGAGAAGAGCUCUUCUCCCAGCAGAGACAGCGCUGCUUGCCCUGACAUUGAAGAUAACAUUUUCGUUGCUCCUAAAGACAGUAUCAUUGUCUGCUCUUACAAGGAGAACAGCCCUUAUGACAGAUACUGUUGUUACAUAAACCCUGCUGGAGUCAACUCAGACCAGGAGACCAUAGUGUGA